UACCUGAAUUCUUCUUCAGCCGUUCUCUUAGUCAUUAUCUUAUCUUACCGGCUACCGUUCUGUUCAGUUCGCGUAUUUUUGACAACGAGAUUAGUGAUAUCAAACAACUCUAUAAUUAUUUAUCUGUUAACUAAAGAAAUGACCGCGCUAUUUGGGGCCAGUCUUGUUAAACACAGCAAAUAGUGGUGAAUUCUUCUUUGUAGAACCCAGUGCAGUACCAUGCCUCUCAGAAAAUAAUCAUAUAUUCUUUCAUUUAUAGUCUAUAUAUCUACAUUUCAUGAUAGUGCAGUUCUUUCAUUCGCGUUGUUGACUGUGAUCGAAAAAUAAUUGCAAUAAUGUCAAAAUUUUCUAUUUUGUUACUAUUCAUGUUUAUAUUUGUGGCUAGGGCUUUCAGAAAUCCAAAAAUGGCUCUAAGUCCCAAUGAUCCAACUUCCUUUUCCAGACCUGAUCUCGUAGCGGUCACGAACGUUCAUUUUCAACUUUUUGUGAAUUUUGAAAAGAAAAUUCUACAAGGUCAUGUUAUUCUCGACGCAGAAAGAAAAAAACCCACUAAUUCUCUGAUUUUGGAUGUACAAAACCUUACCUUAAAAAGCAUAACGAAUUGCAAGGAUGAUUCGAAACUUGAAUACACCGUUGAAGAAACCGUUUCAUUUGGAUCGAAGUUGAGAAUAAAAUUACCGAACGUUCCUGAAUCAGAGGAUGGUAAAACCAGGUAUCAAAUUAAAAUUCAGUACGAAACUUCGCCAAAAGCACCUGCUUUACAGUGGCUAGAUCCUGAACAAACUUCGGGUGGAAAAUAUCCUUACCUUUUCUCCCAAUGCGUGGCUAUUCAUGCCCGGUCGAUGUUACCUUGUCAGGAUACGCCAGGUUUAACAUCCACAUAUAGUGCCGAAAUCACAGCACCAAAGUGGGCAAGAGUAUUAAUGUCAGCCUUGCACAAUGGAACCAAAGAUGUAGAUCCAUUUUCAAAACUGAGCACAUUUUAUCAACCAGUUCCGAUUCCUUCGUACCUAAUAGCAAUUGCAGUUGGUAGUUUGGUUUCUAAACGAAUUGGACCCAGAUCCUCUGUUUGGGCAGAGAAAGAAUUAAUAGAUCAAAGCGCUUCCGAAUUUUCGGAAACUGAAACUAUGCUUCGCACUGCUGAAGAAAUUUGUGGUCCCUACGUUUGGGGUGUUUAUGAUAUAUUGGUUCUUCCUCCAAGUUUUGCAUUUGGUGGAAUGGAAAAUCCUGGUCUAACUUUUGCCUCACCAUCUUUACUUGCUGGUGACCAUUUCUUAACUAGUGUCAUAGCUCACGAAAUUUCACACAGCUGGAGCGGGAAUUUAGUGGCAAUUGCAAAUUUUGAACACUUUUGGUUAAAGGAAGGACUCACUGUAUUUCUUCAAUUCAAAAUAAUUGGGAGGAUGUUUGGUGAAAAAGUUAGACAUUUUUAUGCUUUGAUGGGACUCUCAGAACUUAAAGAUGCUCUUAAAUCCUUGAGUCCUGAAUUCACUAAAUUAAUUGUCAAUUUGGAUGGAAUCGAUUCUGAUUAUGCAAUUUCCAAUGUCCCUUACAUGAAGGGCCACACUUUUCAUUUUUACCUGGAAAAACUUCUUGGAGGUCCUAAAGAAUUUGAACCCUUUUUGAAAAGUUACUUUGAGACUUUCAAGUAUAAGAGUAUUGUAACUACAGAUUGGAAGGACUAUUUGUAUAAAUACUUCUCAAAUAAAACCCAACUUCUGGAUUCAGUUGAUUGGGACGCAUGGCUAAACAAACUAGGAAUGCCUCCUGUUAUUCCAAAUUAUAACACCGAUUUGUUGAAUGCUUGCAUCAAUCUCGCAAAGAGAUGGUUAUCCUGGGACGAAAAUACUGCCUCCAACUUUGAAAAAUCAGAUAUUGCGAAUUUAACAGCCCAGCAAAAGCUGCAAUUUCUCUCAGAAUUAUUUGCGGAUGAGGCUGUACUCUCAGUUAGAAAAAUGGAGAAGAUGCAAGAGGUUUACGACGUUGAUUCUGUCCAAAACGCGAAAAUAAGAUUUAUGUGGAUUCGACUGGCGCUAAAAUCUCGAUGGGAACCGAAAGUGGAAGAAGCUCUGGAUUUCGUAACAAAACAUGGCGGCAUGAGUUUAAUCAGACCGAUUUAUCGUGAUCUUUAUGACUGGCAAGAAAUGAGACAAAGAGCAAUAGAGAAUUACAUGAAAACUAAAGAUAAAAUGAUGUUUGUGACAGCUCAAAUGAUAAAAAAAGAUUUACAUCUUGAUUACAAUUAACCUGAACCAUGUAUGUGAAUAAAAACGUAAACUUUGUUGUGUUUUCUUAAGAAAAUAUUUACUACUUUGAA